GACAGAUUCUUAAGUCUCACUUAGUUAUUAGAAAACGAAAGGCUGAACAUGAAGAGCAGUUCACUAAACGUGUACGCAUCAAGUAGAUACUAGGAUUUUUCAAAUCGGAGCGAUUAUAAGAAUUAAAAUAUGAAGUGGAUUCAUCUUUUAUCUCUUGAAACUCUUCUCGUCCUCUGUACAUACCCGAUUAACAAUGUGGCAUCUCUUCAAUAUACGGCUUGUACUUCCAUCUCUAACUGCGACAACUGUACCAAGGAAGACUUUCAAUGUAAAGCGUGUCUUCCUGGUUAUGGGCCCAAGGGUAAUGGCGAAGGCUGUGUCGCUUGUCCCAUGAACUGCAUGUCUUGUGUGGAUGGCGACAGUGACGGUUUGUCUGAAUGUAUUGCAUGUGAAAGCGGCUAUGGACUAACAAGUGAUUCUUCAGGAUGUGUAGUGUGUCCAACAAACUGUACACGAUGUGAGGAUGGAAAUGAUGACGGGGUUGGAGAAUGUACUGAAUGCAUCAUUGGAUUUGGUCCAAGUAAUGAUAGACUCACCUGUGUUGAUUGUACGGUGAUCUCAAACUGUAUUGAAUGUACAGACAGUGGGGGAUUCGGAGUGGCUGAUACUUGCUUGGGUUGUAUUGCUGGAAGGACCCCAAGGCUUAACAACAGGACAUGUGUCGAGUGUUACACAAUAGCAGAUUGCAACGUGUGUGAGGAAACAACGAACGACAACAUUGCUGAUAUUUGCUAUCAGUGCGGUCCAGGGAAGACACCUCGACUUGACGGACGAGAAUGUGUUGCAUGUGCAAGCCUGGAUACGAACUGUACAGAAUGUGAGGAAACAACGAACGAUAACACAACAGACGUUUGCAUAAAGUGUAAAGAUGGCUUCGGUAUUCUGUUCGAUACGAGUGGCUGUAUAGAGUGUCCUGGAAAUUGCUCAACGUGUCUCGGUAACCCACUUGGACAAUCAAUGUGUCAAGAAUGUUUGCCUUACUAUGGUGUUAGUCAAGAUGGUCUCACCUGUACAGAGUGUCCAGAAAAUUGCACAGUAUGCGAAGAUAGCAAUAACGAUGGUAUCGCCGAGUGUUUAGUCUGCAAUUCAACAAUGGGACUUAGUCAGGAUAGGACCAUGUGUGUAGAUUGUUCCACGAUAGGUAAUUGUACGCACUGCGAGGAUAAGAAUAAUGAUGAAAUUGCGGACCAUUGCAUGCGAUGCGAAGAGGCAAAUACUCCAAAGGCAGAUGGUUCUUCAUGUAUAAGUUGUUCUUCUGUACACCCCGAAUGCUUGGAAUGUAUAGAGUCAACAGGUGAUGCAAUCGCCGACACAUGUACCGCUUGUAACCAUGGUUUUGGGUUAUCACAAGAUGGAUUUGGCUGUUUUACAUGCCAGUUUUUGACACACUGUGCUUCCUGUGAAGAUAGCGACAAUGAUGGAAUCGCCGAAUGUACAUCUUGCCAGGCAGGGUAUGGUCUUCGUGGAGAUAAAACAUCAUGCGUUAGAUGCAACAAGAUUUCAAAUUGUUUGUCAUGUAACGACAAUGAUAAUGAUAACUUCCCAGAAUGCCUCGAAUGUGACAGUGGUUUUACAGAAGCAUUCGAUGGCAGUUCAUGUAAAGCGUGUGGUGAUCUUUCGAAUUGCACCACUUGUGUAGACCCCAUUGAAAAAUGCACCUCGUGUUCUUAUGGAUUUACUUCAAAACUAAAUGCAACUGCUUGCCUGACAACGUGUUUCAGUUGUUCGAAUACAUCGACUUGUAACGAUAAUCAGACAAGAGCUGAUGCUUAUGAAGAAUGUGAUUUUAAUAAUGGAUAUGCCUGCUGGACACAUCAAUAUUCAGACAGUUCAGCCAUUUCACACGCCAGAGGUUGUGAGCAGAAAAAGUGCGACAGAUUUAGCAUGUAUGAAACAUGUGAACGACACUCGACAACACAUACGACAUGCAGCCUAUGUUGUGACAGUAGCCAAUGCAAUGGUGGAAUACUAACGGGUACAUCUCAAGGUCCAGAUAAUGACCGUGACAACCGCACCCGAAAAAAGAGCACGUAGGUUAUCGCAAACAUUUUCAGAAGAUUAUAUAUUGGACUAUGACUAUUUUCUGACAAUGAAAACAGAUUUGUCUUUUAGAUACA